AUUUAACAAGAGAGACUCUCUCUCUCUCUCUCUCUCUCUCUUUCUCUCUGUAGAAACCACUAAACCAGCUUGAUUUGGGGUUUCCAUCAUCUCCAUCUUCGCAUUCAGAACCACUAGUUAAAACCAUUGCUUUGGUUUCCAUGCUUUGGAGGAUAUAGCCUGCAUAGAGUAGAGGGCAGGAAGAGAAAUCUUCAGUUCAGUUUUCAAGAAAAUGGAGGAUGAGAAUGGACUUGAGCUUAGCUUGGGUCUAUCUUGUGGUGGUGGAUCGUCUGUGAAGUCCAAGGGUAAAAAUGGUGCCUCCUCGAAUACUAGAGUGGAAGAAGGGGAAAGGGACAAUAAAUUAACAGAUGAUUUUAAAGACUUUCUUCAUGGUGGGACUCAGAAGCAAGAGUCAAGCAGUAGCUCUCAAAGAAGUGAUUCAGUGAAACCUAAGGAGAACUUCUUUAAUGAUCUCUCCAAGGCCAAUGGUGAUGCAGAUACAUCAAUGAACUUGAAUGGGAGAGGAGUCUGGGUCGCAAAGAAUAACAAGUCUGAUGAAAUAGAGGAAAGACAAACAGAUGCUGGUAAUAAGCGCAAGACUUUAUUUGAAGACAUGAACAAUCAAAAGAAGCAUGAGAGAGAAGCUCAUUAUACUGAUAUGCAUGACAAGACGCGAGCAUCUCACAUUUCCACAACAGAAGAGGGCUCUACUGCUGAAAAUGAAGACGUGGCAGAUUCUGAAGUGGAGGGCUCAGUCUCAAGGCUGAUACCCCAACAUGAUGAUGGCUCUAAGAGAUUUGUUGGAUCAGGUGACUCUUCUGAUGCUCAGAAAGAGCUUCGCAGGUUUGCUGAUUCAAGUAGUGUGGACCCAAAUGGGCAGAAGAGGUUUAAUGUAUCAUCAGAAAAUGAUUACAAGGUCGGGAAUGUGACGUAUGGCAGUCCGUUUUCUAUGCAAUCAGUAAACAUGAUGAAUAUGCCCUACUCUCUCCCUACAAAGGAUUAUAACCCUGUUGGUGCACCCAGCACAUCAGCCCACCUGAUUCCUGGAAUGAUGCAGGUGAUGCCUAUUGCAAAUAGUGAGCGGUCUGGGACUCAACCCAUGAAUCCUGGAAACUUGCCAGUUAUGUUUGGCUAUUCAGCUGUCCAGCUUCCGGUGUUGGAUAAGGAUAAUUCUUGGGGUGUUCCUCAUACUCAACAGUUUCACUAUGCUGGUAGAACUCCACCAAACCCAGCUGUGAUGCAAGUAGUUCCGCAGAAUGCAUCUGAGUCUGCACAGUAUGAUGGGAGGGUAUUAGAACGGGCAAAAGGUGGUGGGAAACAGCAUGUGACUGAAGAAGGCUCUUCUUCUCAAGCAGAAGAAGAUAUGAAAGUAACCAGCUCAAACCCAAGGACAAAAGAUGCACCUGAUCAUUCAAUGGCAGAGGAUUUCUCUCUUGAUUUUUCAGCUAUAAAACCAGGAAUUGCUGCAGACAUAAAAUUUGGAGGAUCUGGUUCCUGCCCAAAUCUACCAUGGGUUUCUACGAAAGGUCCAGGUCCCAAUGGCAGGACAAUUUCUGGUGUUACUUACAGGUACAGCGCAAACCAAAUCAGAAUAGUUUGUGCUUGCCAUGGUUCCCACAUGUCCCCUGAAGAGUUUGUCCGGCAUGCAAGUGAAGAGCCUUCUAAUCCAGAAAACAGCACUGGUUUGGCAACAGUCCCAAAUGGCAAUCCUGCUGCCUCCGCUCAAAGCUGAUUCAUGCAGUAUGUUUACGCUCUUAACCAGACUAAUAAAAUACACUUGACCAGGAAAACCUUGCGACAGUUUUUAUGCUCUAUCAGCUCAUCUCCUUACUUCUGUAGUGAUAAUCAUCUUCCGUCAAUCAAAUGUGGCAGUAAGGCCUUGCAUUUCAGUUUUACUUUAUAAAGUUCUAGAGCAAGGUGUCAUUACUUUCCACAUAGAUUUGCAGAAUUUCAAAUGAUCUUGCUAGAAAUCAUGGUCUGUGGAUUCAAGCUCUGGUUAUUAGUGUAUCUAGUAAAUAACUUAUGGUAUCUACAACUUGUAUAUGCCUGCAAAAAAUUAUGAUUCUCAUCAAGUGGUUCUUAUUGAA